UACACGAGAAGCCGGGGUGUGCAGGCUGGACUGGACUGUAUGUAUUACUGGGAUUCUUUACUGGGACGUGUGCGUGGUUGAUAAACAGACUUGAACUCCCAGUAAGCUUCCCAGCAUGAUAAAUAGCUGAGCUGAUAUAACGGCGUGUUAUUUAUGGACUGUCUUGCAGCUUUGAGAAGAAAGAAACGAUAAUGUAGCGUUUAGACAGUUUUAACUAAAUGUAAAUAUAGGUAUAAAUAUAAGUAUAAAUAAUCAAACAACGACUGGAUUUUAAACCGUAUUUUCUUCUUUUAAAGAUUCAUAGAAGUUUUUUAAAGACAGAAGAGUGGAGGCUGAUAUAUCUGUUGAGGUGUGGGCACAACUGGAACAUCCAUCAAGCUCAAGAUGCAGAUGCACUUCGAAGUAUCAGACAGUGUCACGCUGCUCUUUAACUUCUGGAAUGUGCACGGACCUGGAGGAAUGUUCCUUUCUGUUUUGGUGGUGCUGCUCCUCACGGUCAUGUACGAGCUCCUCAAGGUGUGGAAGAUCACUCUGGCAAAGCGAUCAGAACAUCUGGCUUCAUCCUUUCCCGCAAAAUUAAACCCAGGGAUGGAGCAUGCUGAUAGCAGCUCAGUUGCUACCGCCCCAUCAGAAACAUCAAUCAUCAGUUCUCUGAGUUCUUCAGAGAACGCAGCAGGAUCUGGUUUCUCCACGCUGACUGAAAACCGCUGGUUCCUUCGCAGUGUGCAGACAGGUCUGCAUGUUAUCCAGGUGGUCCUGGGGUACAUGCUCAUGCUCUGUGUGAUGUCCUACAACGUCUGGAUCUUCCUCGGUGUCAUCAUCGGGUCCAUGUUGGGCUACUUUGUGGCUUUUCCUUUUCUGGAAUAUGUGAAGUGACGGGACGGGGGUACAGAUUCAUUCCAUGUCGUUUGUUCCAGUGAUUAAUUGUGCUGAAUUGCCAGAACCUCAGUCCCAGAACGGUUCAGGUUCUGACUUCGGUGCCGGAAAUAAAUGGGAUUGUAUUUAUUUUAAAGGAGGGGAAGAAUCAACAGGCACAAGGUAUAUAUGUGAGGUUGGGAUAAAAGGAAUACUCCAGCAUUUUGAACCUUAUCUUUAUCUUCUGCAUUUGUACAGCAAGUGUAUAGAACCAGUUAUUUUAAACAUCAUUUUUUAUAAUAGAAGUCCAAGGGACGGUUUUUCAAUAAAUGUUUUUGCAAAACACACUGGACUUUCUGGAACUGGAAUUUUUCAGUCAGAUGUGUUUAUAACAUCAUAUCAGAAUCUAGGGUCAGUUUCAAAGUUUAGAAAUCAUCUUACAUUGUAUCGUUCGUUCAGUAGGCUUAAGGUCCUAGUUUUUACACAUAAAAUCCAUCAAAUCAUGUCUUUAAAAACCUCAUUUUGUGUCAGGAAGCAGUCCAUUGUUGCCCCAAUGUGUUAUAUAUAGAAUGCCUUUAUUUGUCAUAUAUACAUAUACACAUGUACAGUACAACAGUGGCUACAUGAAAGAGCUGGGAUUCUAACUCUCAGCCUUUCAGCUGACAGCACAAAGCUCUACCCACUAGGCUACCACUGUCCCAAUAUAUGCACCAAUGAGCCAAAACAUUAGAACCAUCCUACUAAUAAGCUGUCAAAACAGCUCUGACCCUCUCAUACAGAUUCACAGACCCCACAAGACAUCUAAAGUAGUCCAUUGGUACCAUAAGGUCCUUUAACUUCUGUAUGUUGGGACGUGGGUCGUCCUACAGUGCGUCAAACAGGAUUUGUUGGACCAGUCGACAUUUAUCCUCCAUCCAUUGCUCCCAUUUCUGCACGCUUAUUGAAGGUGCAUUUAAUGGUGGCCUGGAGCAUGGGCACUUGGACUGGCCUGCGACUACUCAGCCCCAUACACAGAAGGGUUAGAUAAACCUCAUUAGUAUUGAAAUGGUUGGCAAUUUGGGCCACAUUAGGUCUUUGGUUGUUCUAUGGGAUCAGUGAGUCCUGGCCGCCCAACAGCCUGUCAGCGGUUCAUGGCUUGCUCUUCUCAGACCACUGCUAAUAGUUAAUUGGGGUGGGGGGUACUAACUAUGAAGCACCCUUUGAUUUAGCCCUUUUAGAGUUGUCUGAUCAAGUAACUACCAUCAGCCCAAUGUUUAAUUUAUCCCAGAGUGUAACAUGCACAUUUUAAGGGGUGGUUCUAAUGUUUUGGCUCAUCACUAUAAUGCAGUUGGUGUGGUUGAAACAUCAUAGGACACCCUAUGUUUUUAGAUGGCUCCAGGCCUGUUAUGACCCUAAAAACACACCCAAAUUAUUGUUCUUGUUCUCUAUAGUGAAUCACAUUAAAAAUGCUGGAGUGUUCUUUAAACCAUACGUACAGUUUACAAGCUUGUUGUGUUCCAGGUCACUUUGGCUUCAAGAUUACAGUAUCUUGUGCUCAUGGCCUCAGUCACAGACCUCUGAUACUCUGUCCAAACAGUCUGUAGUUACCGUGUAGUCAAGGUCAGUUCCAUGUAAAUGUGCCGUUUUUCUAUUAAACUGUAAACUGUGAGAACAUCUAGCCUAAAGACGACACACAACGAGCAGAGAAAGGAGUCAAGUCAUUUCUGCAACUGUAGUUACAACAGUCUGACCUCGUGAUUAAUGUAGUUCUCAUAUGUACGCAAGUGACUUUUCCUCUACAGGAAGUAAAAAAGAACAUCUGAAAAUCAUGUGGCCUUAGCUAAUGUUCACCAGCAAUAUGUACUGUACACCUUCAUUUUGUGAUUGUGUACGUGCAUCUAUAUUAUAUGGCAAAAAGUAUGUGGACACCCCUACUCAGUUGCUCGAUUGUAUUAAGUGAUAAUUGUAAGUCACUUUGAAUAAAUGUCACAAAUGUAAAUAGAAAUGAUUUAUCCUAGUCAGGGUUAUGGGUUAUUUCCCCUGGAAUCACGGAUCACAAUGUACCCCUCACCCAAUAAUGUCUGUAUGUAGACGGGCAUUCAAACCCUAGAUCCCAGCAGUAGAGGACUAGUGUAAUUACUCUGAGCCACCCAAAGCGCAAUAAUAUUAGUUAUAUGUAAUAAAAUAAAUGCUUUGUGCCCUUACCUCAACUUUAUUGAACACCGUUAGGAUAAACUGGAACGUCGAGGUCUUAACUUACUAAUGUUUUAUUGACUGAAUGAGCACAAAUUCCCACAGCCAAACACUCAGAACUCGUGUGGAAAGCCGUCCCAGAAUGAGACUUUAUCCUGGUAGGGGUUACAGUGGGUCUGGUUCCUUCUGGAAUCACAAAGUGCAAUGUAGUAACACGCCCCAGAAAAGACACCAAUCUCACAUCCUCUGCCAUUACCCCUUACCCAACUAUGUCUGUAUGUAGACGCCCGAUUGGCCGAUACUCCUGCUGGGCAUUCGAACCCUAGAUCCCAGCAGUAGUGGGCUAGUGUAAUUUACCCCUGAGCCACCCAAGCGCAAUAAAAUUAGUUAUAUGAAAUAAAACAUAUGCUUUGUGUCUAUCUGUGCGGAGCCCUGACUUUAAUCUUAUUGAACACCUUUAGGAUAAACUGGAACGUCGAGGUCUUAUCUUACUAAUGUUUUAUUGACUGAAUGAGCACAAAUUCCCACAGCCAAACACGCGGAACUCUUGUGGAAAGCAGUCCCAGCAGAGUGAUGGUUGUUCUAGCCACACUGGUGGGAGUCAAAUUAAUAAUAAUAAUAGUAAUAAUAAUGGUUAUUAUUGUGUACGCAUACUUUUUGGCCUUAUUAUGUAAGAUAUGGGUAAAUAAUUGUGUUUUUAAAAAGAACUAAUCUUGCUGGCUUUUAGAGUCAAUUUACUAUUGAUAAAUAUUGUAAUGAAUGUUUUAUUUUGGUUCAUCUGCUACUUUUACAAUGUAAAUAAAAUUGAUCAAAUGUUA